AUGCCGCAGCAGCGCGAGGUCAAGACGUGCGAUCGCUGCCGGCACUUUAAGCGCCGCUGCGAUCUCGUCAAGCCCUCGUGUUCUCGCUGUCUACAGGCCGGUGUACGAUGCAGCUUUGAUACUGCCGCUGUUUCUGUGGCUUCUACUUCUCCUGGUGUCUCCACCAUCACCGUCCCCAUCAUUGAUAUACCGUAUUCGGCGUCUCCUACUCCAGCCUUCAUGCCUACCACAACGCCCACCUCGGGUCCAGCUAUUUCAUCAGCAUCUCCCGCUCAAGACUCGCAACAGAGUCUUUCUGCUGGAAAUCCUACCCCUCCAACCACAUCAACCGAUAGCCCGGCGUCUUCCACCCAGGCUUUCGGCUCCGGUGAGGCCGGGGCGGACCCGGUCACGGAACCCGAUGGCCCGGAGCCCGGCGAAUCAAGCAUGCCCUCCGCCCAGCGUGUUGUUCGAAAACGCAAACGUAACUGUCUCAGCUGUUUGAGAUGUCACCGGCUCAAGGUUAAAUGCGACAAGGAACUUCCAUGUGGACGGUGCAAGUCAAGUGGUAAUGGCCGUGACUGUUAUUACAGCUUCAACAAGGGGCCAAAUGGGGGCAAGUUUCCUUGCCCAACGGCCCCAGUAAAGGGCGAUGACAGUAAGGGGCCCCAGGCGGCAUGGCAGAUCCAGCACAAGGUCCGGGGAUCUAGCCACUGGAGGGAUCUAAUGACCAAGAUCGGCAAACUGACGAGUAUGGACUCAACACCACUCGCAUUGGCUCUCGAGGAUGUUGCUACCAACGCUUGUCUGGCCAAUUUUUCAUUACCGGGCAAUUUUCCCUUUGGUACCCCUGGCGCAGCUAAGUAUUUUACUCGAGAAGCUGUCGUAAAGCUUGUUGAGGGAGAGAAACCCAGAUGCCAGUCUUAUAUCGACAGAUAUCUCAACCUGCUGGAAACAGUAAACCCGGUACUCGACGUCGAGUUGUUCAGUCGAGAAGUAGAGCAGUACUGGCAAGAUCCUUAUUCUGCUAGUCUCGACUGGAUGUCACUGUUUCUUAUGGUGCUUGGUUUGGGAUGCUUCUCAUCCGUUGAAGAGCCCCAUCAAGCGACAGAGCUUAUGAUGGCUGCCGAAGCCUGUCUGGUACAAACACCCGUCAUGUUCCGACCAACGUUCUUAUCGCUACAGAGCCUGACUCUGAUGGUGGUUGCAAAACACAUAUGCAACCCCACGUGUUGGGCUAUUGACUCCUGCUGGACUCUACUUGGUAUGGUGGUGAGAACAGCCUUCAUCUACGGACUACCGCAGGAAACAGGCGCUGAAGACGGCGAGGCGCUUGAUGUUAGCGAACGAGAUGCGAGGCGAAAACUGUGGCUCACUAUCCUCUACCUCGACAUCAAGGUUUCUAUGUGCAAUGGCAUGCCGCCCGUGACGAGACCGGAGGAUCUAUGCAGCAUCAGGAAUACGCCUAAUUGGGACCAACCGGAUAACCUCCACAUGGUUCUCUACCGAGCUCUUCCCCUUGUGCUGGAGAUUCUGGCGCACGUCAACUCCAAAGACAGUCAGGUCUCUUACCCAGAGGUGCUUCGGUACAAGGUGCAGAUUAGGGAACUCAUGACAUAUGCCAAGCGAGUCUGCAAUAGUCAGCUCCAACGCAUCACAGUGGACAUCUUUCUACGACGAUGCAUCAUGGUUUUACAUCGACCAUUUGCCAUGCACCCGGAAGGACCCAGCAUGUUUCCAGAGUCAUAUUGGGGAUCCCUCGAGUGCUCCCUCGCCCUGCUAGUCCACUAUCGGGAGAUGUGGUGCAGCGACAAGAGCCUGCGCCUUGAUCUGGUAGGGAGAGCCUUUGUGCUCGACUUCUUCUCUGCCUCGCUGACGGCGUGCCUCCAUGUGCUGAGAAAAGAUGCGCCCCUGGCUGCGGCGCCGGUCAUGGACUCGCAGAUCCCACCUCGGCAGAUCAUCCUCGACACGUUGAGGAGUUGCUUCGAGAUCUGGAGUGUUGAGAAGGAGUCGAGUGUUUGCUACCGAACGGGAUAUGCAAUUCUGAUGGCAGUGCUGGAGGUGCUGCCAGAGACGUCUGAAACGAAUUAA